AUGGAAACAUUGCGGAAUUUGCACGUGAACUUAGUAAUCUCUCAAAAAAAAAACUCUUAUCCGAAAUCUGAUCUAUCGGGAGUUCUUCUCGAGGGGGAAAAUUCAAAUUCAGUUUUAUUUCCGAAACAACUCACGGCGACUGGCCUUCGAGCGCUUUUCGAUUCACAUCAAGUGAGAAGACAAGCGAGGAAGAAAAAAGAAUAAUUGCUUUUAGCUCACUAAAAUGGCGCACGUGGAAAGCUUCUAUUUGGAUUCCAAUCUGGAGCACGACGCCGUGGCACCACCAAUCACGGAGCUCGAAUUGGUACAAACUAGGCGAUACAUCGCCAGAUCUACUCAAAAUUGACUCGUUUCAGAUGGAAGCGGCCUUCAUUGUCGACAAGCCGCUCAACGACGACGUCAUCAGCCGCGUCGUCGCUUCGCAGCUCACGUUCGAGAAGGAGAGCCAAGUAGUCUCGCAGUAUUGCGUCGCCAGCGAACCGGAGCUCAGAAACCCGAACCUGCUAGAGAUGAGCAGCUCGAUUCUCGACAACAACAAGUACUUCGCGCCGCCGCCACGUGUCGAUUUGUCGCAGUACGCGUGGCACACGGACAUCGCCUCGUCGCAUCACCAGUACGCCCAGAGCCCCAACAUCUAUACGAACGACUACAUGACCAGCGAGCCGUCGGACUACGUGUACAUGUGA